ACGCCCAAAAGCUUUGUUAAGCUGGGAUUUUGACCGCGAGUCUUGUAUGGUUCGUGUUAGGAUUCAGAUGUAUAUUUUAUACUAUUGUGUAGAUCAGUUAUUCUUUUCAAGUACAUUUAACCAUUGGAAUUAUUGGUGAAUAACUUUUUCAAGUUCUGAAUUAAAGUAAUUGUUUUAGACGAAGAGAAGUUUCUCUAUUGAAUAUAAAACACACUUAGAUCGUAUUGUCAAAUAGUAACUCCUAGAUAUAGAUGAUCCUCUUAUCAACUGGCAACAUUCUGAAUGAUCGUAUUAUCAACAUAGAUCUAGCUACUUCUAUACGAUCAUCUUAUUGAAAGAUUAUUUCAAGAUUCUCGGCAAUCACGAUCAUUGAUGGUGUGAUACAGAUCAAGAUAAUCUACAACGUGACAUUCAUCAUAGCAUCUUUAUAGAUCUUGACAUCUGACAUCCUCAAUCAAGAUUGAACGUGGUAUCUGGCACCAUCUUAGAUUGUGACAUCAGACACCAUUGAUGAUUGUGACAAUUGGCUGUUUUAUUUCAAGUUCAUGCGCCGCUGUAGUGACAAGUAAUUUUUACAAUUUUACUAUAAAUACACAGACAUAUUGGCUUUCAAAAACAGAAACAAACUUUAAUAACGCCAAAACGCAGUGCGAAAGCAUUUACGCUGCGUUGGCGCUGUUCAGUAGCAAUGCUGAAUACAAGAGUGUAAAAAGCUAUCUGGAAGGUAAUAUUAACUCCAUCAACUCAAACAUACAAGGCAUUUGGCUGGACCAUAAAGCCGUAGACACUGACAACGAUAGUCUUUACGAGCACUAUUGGGGGAACGAACUGUUUGAUCCUUACAGUUGGAUUUGGAGCUAUUGGCCGCCCUCUGCAAACUGCAAAUAUGUCAAGUCAGGUCCGUGUUGUGCGAGAUACUUGCCCGUCACAUUUUGGCCUUAUUAUUGGUAUUUGAACGAAAGGUCGUGUACAGACAAUAACUGGUUUCUGUGUAAGCCCGUGGACGAGUGCAAGACGGGGGCAGCUAACUGUUCUCAUAACUGCACAGAACAAGUGUUGGGCUACUCCUGCUCCUGCUAUAAAGGUUUCGCCCUAUCGUCCAACAACAGGACAUGUGAUGAUAUCAACGAAUGCUCCCCCAAUCAAACUGUGUGCGAACAAAACUGUACCAACACCAAUGGCUCCUACAGAUGCAGCUGCUACAAAGGAUACACUCUCAAUCUGAGCAACAACAAAACCUGCCUUGACGUCAACGAGUGUGUGAACGCGAGCGUCUGCCAACACAUUUGUAACAAUACAGCUGGCUCAUACUUCUGCUCAUGUAAAAGUGGUUACAGGCUCGACUCUAACAAAUUCUCGUGCUCGGACAUUGACGAAUGCAGCACCAACACUUCCAUGUGCAGUCAAAAAUGCAUCAACACAGUUGGAUCCUAUAACUGCAGCUGCAGAAGAGGCUACUCUCUUGCCAAAGACAACAUAACCUGCAAGGAUAUUAACGAGUGUUCGAAAAACGCCAGUAUUUGUGGCCAGGUCUGUAACAACGUCAACGGCUCCUACUACUGUAGCUGUAACACUGGAUACUCUUUGGGCAGCGACAAUUUUACUUGUCAGGAUGUAGAUGAAUGCACAGCUUCGCCUCAACCGUGCACCGACAGCUGCGAAAAUCUUAUUGGGUCUUACAGAUGCGGCUGCCGCAUUGGUUAUGCGCUGAGCAAUGACUCCGGGUCAUGCGUGGACGUUGAUGAAUGCGUUAUGGAUCCCAAUGUCUGCGACCAGAUAUGUCUGAAUUCGAACGGGUCGUAUAGUUGCAUUUGCAAAGCUGAAUACGUCCUCGCUGGAGACAAAGCCACAUGCUUGGACAUAGAUGAGUGCUACAAUAAUUCUGUGCUGUGUUAUCAUGACUGUCACAAUCAGAAUGGAUCCUACUACUGCACAUGUCACGAAGGGUAUACUCUUGGCAGUGACAACAUGUCAUGCAUUGACAACAACGAGUGUGACAUACAUCCGAGCCUCUGUCAGCAGCUUUGCAAGAACACAAGAGGAUCCUAUCACUGCUACUGUAAUGCCGGAUAUUUUCUUAACCCAGACAAUGUCACCUGCUCCGACGUGAAUGAGUGUUUGACUAAGACAUCUCUCUGCACGCAGCUAUGUACAAAUACGAACGGCUCAUAUGCUUGCCACUGUCGAGACGGAUAUAGAUUAAGUUCCAACAACAUAACUUGCUUGGAUGUCGACGAAUGCGAUGAAAACCCAGCCAUCUGUGAAGACAAGUGUGAAAACACACAAGGUUCUUACUUCUGCCUUUGUAGCGAUGGAUACAUAGUUGACCAGGGAAGAUGUCUGGAUAUAGACGAAUGCAGCGUCUCUAGUCAGAACUGUAGUCAGUUUUGCAACAACACUGCAGGUAGCUAUUACUGUUCCUGUUUUGAAGGCUAUUCGCUCAAGGACGAUCAAGUAUCAUGUUCGCCUAAUGACAUCUGUAUGUUUCAUGCAAAGUCUUGUGACCAGGUCUGCAACUCAUUUGGCGAUGUCUACAACUGCUCUUGUCUAGAUGGCUACUAUCUAGACCCCCAUGACAACCAAACGUGUCUCGACAUCAACGAAUGCGCCCAAAACGAGAGCGCCUGUGAGCAGUUGUGCGUCAACACUGUUGGCUCCUUCUUCUGCGCUUGCCAGUCCGGAUACACUCUUACAUCGGAUGACCGCACGUGCACAAAGAGAACCAAAUCAAUCAGUUGUCCAUGCUCUUGCAAUUUCUACUCACGAAUGAUGUCCGUUACCUCCCAGGCUGCCGUGCAAGAGAUGCUGGCCAUACGUAAGGCACUCACGGUGUCGAAGACGGGACUUUCUUCCUACGUCUCCUUAAAGACCAGCGCAGUGGACAAACGUGAUUCGUCCCAAACCGUCGGCUACGUAGGCAUGGCUAUUAUAGCUAUUGUUACAUCUCUCAUAAUCAUCCCAGAUGUUUUGACAGUCUGCCGCAUUCUCCUAAGCCAUAGACAUACAUCAGAGAACUAUAAGAAACGCUAACAGAAAAACAUGUACUAAAUAGAUAAUAAUAAAGCAUAUUUUAUUUCCAUCAAAAUAGCAGCAAACUUGACAAGUGAUAAACAAAGAUGUAUCACAGGAAAGUAAAUCAACGCGCAAUCUGUGAUAGUUGUGUUGCUGACAGUUUUAGAAUUUAAGAAGCUGUUAAAAAUAAGCGAAAUGAAUGAUUUAUAUGCUUAAUAUAUGCAGUGAGAGACCAUAGACAAUCUAUUUCAAGACUGUCUUAUAUCUUUGUUUGAAAUUUGUCUUGGAAUUUCCGAACAUAUUCAAUCUAAUAAUAGAAAUAGUUUGAUUUUUUAAACUUAUUAAUUGAAUAUUAUUCUAAAGUUAUUGAUAUAUGUUAAUUUAUUAAAUUGACUAGCCAACUACAAGGCUGUGAGGUCACUGCAGACUAUGAGAAGGAACACAGAGCAUAAUAAACAGAUAGUGCUU